AUGUUGUACGAACGAGUUAGUGCGAUUGCAGUAAAGAAAGGGUGCACUCCAUCACAACUAGCAUUGGCGUGGGUUCACCACCAGGGGAAAGAUGUUGUGCCCAUACCAGGAACCACUAAAAUUGAAAACCUUCAGCAAAACAUUGGAGCUUUAUCUGUGAAACUAACACCACAAGACAUGGCUGAACUUGAAUCUCCACUGGGUCUUGAAACAACUGCAACAUUUGAUCCCCAAACGGACGAGUUUGUCCUUCACAGUCCUACUUUAACUUCAAGCAAAGCAAGGGAUGGAACAAACAUGUAUGAUUUCACAUAUGUUGAGAAUGUUGCACAUGCUCUUGUAUGUGCUGAAAGAGCUCUAGCUUCAGAUGGAUCUGCCUCAAAGAGAGCUGCAGGAGAGGCUUAUUUUGGUGCUGGAUUAAGUGGAGUUCUGGCUUGGUGUGUGCGAGUGGGAAGGAACCAACCCAAUGCCCCCGGAGUUCUGGCACCUUCCAUCUUUACUUCCUAUGUAUCCAGGGUCUUGUUCAAUGCUUUAGCUGUUUUUGCUCUAAGGGAGAUCCACUUAUCAAAAGUAAGUUAA